AUGGCGGACUGCGCUCCACUAUUAGAUGAGGAACUCUCGUCCUUCGUCUUCAAUUACCUGACGGACACCUCGGGCAGCCAGUAUGGGGAGGAGGAGGUGUGCUCCGACCGCCUGGACACUGACUUCCCGGACAUCGACCUCUCGCAGCUGGACACCAGUGACUUCGACAGCGUCAACUGUCUCAGCGAGCUGCAGUGGUGCAACGACCAGGCCUCCGACGCCUCGCCAGCCUCCAUCCACUACAGCACGGCAGAUGAGCUCUUUGAGAUCGAAGAGGAGAACGCCGCCCUGCUCGCCGCCCUCACCGACAGCUUGGACGGCAUGGUGGACGCCGAGGUGGACGGGCUGUCCGUCUUCCCGGCCCUGGGGGAGGAGCCUGACCAGCAGGACGAGGACGAGGACAGUCUUCCUCUCGGCGCCGAGGACUUCAGCCAGUCGCUGGGCUCCGAGACCGAGGAAUCUCUCCUGAUGAAGCUGCUGCGGACUCCUCCCAACGUGCCCUCGGGCGGCGACGCACACAAAGAUGGAGUCCACGGCCAUCGCUAUAGCAACAGAAGCCUGCAGCCACGGCCGGUCAGACCACUGGUCAAGACUGACCUUCCUCCGAAGAGGAAGCCCCGGGCCGUGCGUCCAGCGGGACGCCUCUGCACCGAGCUCCACCGCCACCUCACCACCGCCAAGGACACGGAGGACACGCCCACCCCCGACACAGAGGAGGACGAAGAGGAAGAGGAGGACGAGGACAGCGAGUCGGAGGAGGAUGAAGAGGAGGAAGGGGAGGAGGAAGAGGAGGAGUCUUCCAGCAGCGAGGUGGAGGGCACGGCGGCGGCCUCCGUCCCGGCCGAGCCCCCGAAGCCUCAGUUCAGCUCGGAGAAGGAGCUGCGCUCGGUGGUGGAGCUGAUCACCUACAUGCACACCUACUGCCUGCCCAGCAGGAAGCAGCAGGGCUGGGAGCGCCGCGAGCCCCCCCGGGCCCGGGCCCGGCCCGAGGCCGCACGCCCACACAACACAAACUCUGCCAGCAGAGUCGUCCUGGUGUCCGCCCCGGGGACGAGUGGGGGGGGCUCGGCCGGGGGGGGCAGCGGCGCCCCCAGGAGGCUUCCCUUUGCGAGGAAGAGGGAGAUGAAGGCGAACUCUCUCCUGCGUGAGCUCCUGCAGCAGAGCAGCUCGUACGAUGUGAGCAAGCCUUACGGACCGCACAGCCCCCCCUACUCCCACUGCCCCCCCUACUCCCACUGCCCCGCCCGAGCCGCUCCCUCCGCCCCGGGUAGAUCCCACCCCCCCCAGUCCCACAUCUACACUGCCCCCAAACCAGAGCUACGUAAAGACUACUCGUCCCCCGAGAGGAGACAGCGCUCCUGCGAGGCGCCUCAGACCCCCGAGGAGGAGGAGGACAGCGGCUCCUUCUCCGUGCGGCGCUCCCGGCGCCUGGCCUCCUUCCCCAGCCGCUUCGCCAAGAGGCUGCGGCCGGGGCGAGCGCGGGACGGAGAGGGGCGGGACCGGCAGGAGCGGGAGGAGGAGGGAGCAGGGUUCAAACUCCUGCCGACCCAAGCAGGAGGAGGAACCACGACGGAGAACCGGACAGAACCGCUCACGUCCGGCGUCGGUGCGAUGGAAGCGACCAAUCCCUGCUGCCACAACGAAAAGCGAGCCUGUCUCUGUCUGCCUCUGAAUCCCAAAUCCACAGGCGAGUUCAGCACCAAGCCGUUCGAGCAGACGCUCAGUGUGGAUCUGUGUGGAACUGCAGGUCUCACCCCUCCCACCACCCCCCCUCACAAACCAGUGGAGGACGAGCUCUUCAAGCCGGCCGAGGGAGGAAAGGUCAGCGUGGGGUCGGGCGGCGGCAGCAGCGACGACGGCGGAGGCGGCGGCGGCAGCGACUCUGUUCAUCCGGCAUCGCACGCCAGCGUCGCCACGAAGGCGUCGUCCUGGCUGAGCCGCGCCCACCACCAGAGGAAGCUGCCGGAGCAGAAGGAGCUGUACGCCCAGCUGCGGCGCAUGGGCCAAGCGGGCGACAGCGACACCCACCGCGACUUCGGUGACCACGACUACUGCGCCCUGAGCCUCGGGGAGAGCCGCAAGCGCAGCGCCGCCAUGCUGGGCACCAUGCUGCAGGCGCAGGCCGGGGGGGACGGACCCAGAGCCGAGGAGCAGGGAGCGGGUGGGAAGGAGAAGGGGGAGGGGCUGGUGAUGUCACAGGACGCAGAGCCCAAGGAGCAGCGGACGACCUUGGUCAUAUCGUGCUCGCCGCCGCCGGAGUCCAAGUCGGCGUCUCGCUCGUCAUCGCCCCUCCCAGUGUGUCCGGACUCGCCCGCCAGCAAGACAGACUCCAGUGAGAACUCCGAGAUCUGUCCCGACGACAAGCAGAGGAACAAAGCCAAGUCUGACGAGGACAACUGCCAGGUGUUUUACAUCCACAACCUGCCAGGCAGCGUGACCCAGAACAUGCUGAGGAAACGCUUCCAGGUUUUCGGCAAACCGGAGGACUGCAAAGUCAUCAUCUGCAACGAGGAGCGCUGUGGGGUGAUCAAGAUUCGCCAAGGAGGAGGUCAAAGACACUGGAGAGAACAGGAAACAGUUUUCCAAAACGGACCUGCGGGCCUGAGGAGGCUGUCGAGGAAACGCUACAUAGACCUUGAUGAAGCCGGUCCGGGUCCCGUGAAGAGCAAGUACGAUGCACUGGACUUUGACACUCUGCUGAAGGAAGCCCAGAAGUCGCUCCACCGCUGACAGCACAGCGCCCCCUACUGGCCAGCCUUAGUACAGCGCAGCAACAUCCCUGCGUCUACACUGCUCUGCCCUCAGAACGGCCUCUGGGAACCUCCACGCAAGGCAACCUCGCAAAAUGUUUACAUUUUUACCAUUGGAAUAAAGUAAGGAACUUGUUGUUUUUUUAAGUUUCUUUCACCGGAGGAUACUGCUUCAAAACGAGGACGCCACCGGGGGUCCGGACGGGCGAAGAGACAAAUGGAGGGAAUAAGACUUUUCACAGCACUGGUACAACAACCACAAACAGUGACCAUACAGUUGUCUGCUGAACAACAACAACAAAGCUGCUUCCUGUCUGUGUUGGUGACAUCAUCGCCCUGCCUUGGAAGCGCGGGUGUGAGAGACCUCUGUAGCAGAUCCUUGCUAACCCUGCAUUGCGUUGGUCGUCGUGGUGUGUGUGUUUCUGCGUGUGUG